UUUUAUUAAAAACAGUCCAUAUUAUUACGCGUAAAUUUGUUUUUGGUUCGACCAUCUUAAAUAUCAAACUUAUUUUAACGGCGAGCGUGUCACAACAUUCAACAAGACGUUUAGGUUAUAGAGAGUGUUUGGAGCAAGAAAUUUCGAAAGUUCCUGGUUUUACGAAGACAAGAUCACACAACUCGACAACUUCUACUGGUACAGAUGAUAAAUAUCCACUGGAAUAUUUCGUAAUUAAUUAUACAUACUCAGUAUACCCCUCUGAAUUUUGCGGCAAAGGUGUUCCAGAAGGGGUGACGAUCCCUGAAAAGCAGUCCCUUAAUGGGUGGACAAAGAUAGCGGAAAUUCAGAGGAGGCGUCAAUUGUUAUCAAUUGAAGGCGGUGGAGUGUCCCUUAAUUGGGUGGACAAAGAUAGCGGGAAUACGGGGGUUCUAUUGCAGGGGCCCAUGUGA